GCCUGUGUACGCUGAUUCCGUUACAACCGGUGGAAGACAUCUAAGUUUUGCAACGAUGGAUAUUGUCGAAGAAACUGAGGGCCGCCGUUCAGUACCAUCACGAGCCGCCAAAUCCCCAGCCCCCAGUGCCAUCGAGUUCGGUGAUGAUCGUCAGGAACGGAAAAGACAUACCCCGCGUGGAUCUUCCUCUAGUCGCACUGGUACUCGAGCUUCUUCAUUAGAUGGUGCCGAGCUAGGCGCACCUCGUGCGACACGAUCGCGCGAUUAUCAGGCCAUCGGGACUCUGAUUGCACCUAUUCGCAGACUAGAUGCAAUAUUACAGGAUCUUUUAAAUUACAAAGUGAGUGCUAUCCCCUUCACACAUUAUUUUAACUCGUCUGUCGCUUGCAAGUCUGUCUGUCGAACAGAAGCGGUUGGUUUUAUGGCGCGUACCUUUCCGUGA